AUGUCCCCGGCAACUGCCAGCCCCGCCACGGCGCUCCUCGCUCCAUUCACGCCCUUCCCAACCGAGAGAAACGCCACCCAAUCAGGCCGAGCUCCGCCGCGGGGAACAGCCAAUGGAAACCCUCAGGAAAUGCUGCCCCUUCUUCGCUGGCCCUGCUUUCUGCUGUUUGUUUUGCUUCUGAUCUCGGAGCCCUCCGUCGGGUUUUUCGGCUGGCUGACCCGAAGAGCAUCCCCAGAAAACCACCCCACUCCCCAAGCAGCUGCUCCAGACCCAGGAAAUCUAUCACCUGUCCCUUUUGAGAUGACCACGGGGGACGACAGGUUCUUAGCGGAAGCUCGGCAUUUGGACCUUUCACCUUUGGAUUCCUGUCACUACGAGGUCAUUUCACAGCUACAAUCCUCUUGCGCAGACCUGUCCGAAGAGGAGCUGGCAAAACUGAGUGUGUCCCUGUUCAACUGUCAGGCUAGCAUUGAAGGCCGCCGGACUUUCCUAUGCACAUCGGGCAUGACCCUGGCAGAAUGCACAACAGAGAUGGACCCAGACACUUGGAAUGCCUACCAUAUUGUGAGCAACCGAGCCCGUGCUGUCUGCUACACGACUCGCCAGAUGCAGUUCAAGCGCCAGACGGAGCACACGGUUAACACUCUGGUCUCCACCGCCGUCAGCCAGCUGGAAGCUAUGAAGAUACUUAAGAACGGCCAGGCGGAGUUGAAGGAGCUGACUUCCGCGUCCCUCCAGAAUGUGGCGAGCAGCCAGCAGGAGCUGCUGGCCCAACAAGCCAAGCUGCAAGGCAGCCAGGACCAAAUGGAAGAGUCCAUCCACGGCAACCUGGACCGGCUGGCUGAGGAGAAGGCGCUGAUUGCCAGUGGGCACCAGCAGGUGGCGCAACUGAUUGACGGCAUCACCAAGAGAAUGGAAAACGUAAGCAAGCAUUUGGACAACCAAGAUGUGGACCUGCAAGAGGGCCACAAAGCCAUCCUGCAGGAUUUGACCCAAGUCCAAGAGCGAGCCCACGAGGUCUACUCCAAACUAGAGACCAAUUUGGGUCUCUUGCUCGCCUAUCAGAACCAAACUGCUCUGUAUUAUGAAGAGCUGAUGGAGAAGCUGCAGAAGAUGAACCAGAGCCUGGGUCUGGUGCUGUUUGGCAUAGAGCGAAUGCAGAGCAGUGUGGAAGGGCGUCUCCAACACAUCCAGAGGUUCAUCAACUGGGCAGGGUUCAGCCUCAGCUCCAUCUAUAUCUGCGUCUUGCACGGCAGCUACUUCUUGCUGGCAGCCUUCGUUAUGACUUUCCUGCAGAUUCCCGGCCUCCCGCGGGCCCUGCUUCUCGUCUUGGUCGUCGCCAACGCCCUCUCGGAGCUCAACCAGGCCGCUUCUCUGGGAUUUAAGUCGCUCACCAGUCUUUUGGUGUUGGCUGUUACAGGCAACUGGCUCUUGGAAAAGGCCUGCUGCUGUGCCCUGCAGGGGAGGCUACAGAAAACCGGACUCAUGUUUUUCCCCCAGAGAGCACUAGAAUAUAUAACAACACGGGUGGAACUGAAGGUUGCCGGCAGCAGCCGCACCACCUCUACUCCGGACAGAAACUGUGACGUUGGCCUCUUGGAAGAAGAGUUGGAGAAGCUGGAAGAGAUGAGCUGUGUGUCAGGUCAAGACCACCUGGGGAGAGACUCCCCAGCCAAGGGAGACCUCCUUUUGGAUGAAGCCACAGUGCUGCACCCGGCAGGAUGGGCGUCUCCACAGGGUCACUCCCUUCAUCCCAUGAAACUGCGGCGCUUCAGUCUGAUCCACUCCACAAGGCAUGAGAUCCAGUUGUUCAACGUCUCCAAGGAUGCUGUGCCAGGGAGUCACCCGGACUGGACAGCAGUGCCGGAAAAGGGCUGCCCUCGGCCACGAGAGACCUUGUGUUUUUUGGACUUUGGCAAAGAGGAGAUCAAGGCUGAGGUACCAUUCCUGACGCUCCUCUUUGAGGACUUUUAA